UGUUAAUCACCACGGAGCUUCUUUCGCCAUUUUCAGUCGAACGCCGCAUACCGGAGCUUUCUUCUUCGAGCAAUUGCCGAUUCGAAGCUUGAAAUCUCCGUUCAGGCUUCACCGUUAGAGUUUCGGAGAUUGUAAUGGAAGCGCCGCCGUUCUCCGUCGCUGUUUCUUCUUCUUCUUCCUCUUCUUCUCGGACUGUAUUUCGGUCACUUUCAUCAUCGGCUCAUACGAGUUCUCUCUUUUUUCUUCGCAAUAAUCAUUACAAAACUCGUCAUCUCAAAGUUAAUUCCUCCGGUAAGUUCGCAGUUCGUGCCUCAUUGGGUGGUGAUUCAGUUGUAACUUUGCUGGAUUAUGGUGCUGGUAAUGUUCGUAGUGUGAGGAAUGCAAUUCGUUACCUUGGCUUCGACAUCAAAGAUGUGCAAACUCCAGAAGACAUUCUAAAUGCAAAACGCCUAAUAUUUCCUGGAGUUGGGGCAUUUGCUCCUGCCAUGGAUGUGCUAAACAGUAAAGGCAUGGCUGAAGCACUCUGCAGUUAUAUUGAGAAUGAUCGCCCUUUUUUAGGUAUUUGUCUUGGGCUUCAACUACUCUUCGAAUCAAGCGAGGAGAACGGACCAGUAAAAGGUCUUGGCUUAAUACCAGGCGUGGUUGGGCGUUUUGACUCUUCUAAUGGUUUUACGGUACCCCAUAUUGGAUGGAAUGCUUUGGAAAUCUCAGAGGACUCUGAGAUAUUGGAUGAAAUUUCUAAUCGUCAUGUCUACUUUGUUCAUUCUUACCGAGCUAUGCCAUCAGACAAGAACAAGGAGUGGAUCUCUUCUACUUGCAGCUAUGGCGACAGGUUUAUAGCUUCAGUUAGAAGGGGAAACGUCCAUGCAGUUCAAUUCCACCCAGAAAAGAGUGGAGAGGUAGGUCUGUCUGUCCUUAGAAGAUUCUUGCUUCCAAAGUCAACCGUUACCAAGAAGCCUAAUGAGGGAAAGGCAUCUCGACUUGCAAAAAGGGUUAUUGCUUGUCUUGAUGUGCGGACAAAUGACCAAGGGGAUCUUGUUGUUACCAAAGGGGACCAAUAUGACGUCAGGGAGCAAACAGAAGAAAAUGAGGUGAGGAACCUUGGCAAGCCGGUAGAGCUUGCUGGACAGUACUACAAGGAUGGUGCUGAUGAGGUCAGUUUUUUGAAUAUAACUGGUUUUCGUGACUUCCCUCUAGGCGACUUGCCAAUGUUGCAGGUGCUGAGAUACACAUCAGAAAAUGUUUUUGUACCAUUGACUGUUGGGGGCGGGAUUAGAGAUUUUAAGGAUGCGAACGGCAGGCACUAUUCUAGCCUGGAAGUUGCUUCAGAAUAUUUCAGAUCUGGAGCUGAUAAAAUAUCUAUUGGCAGUGAUGCUGUUUAUGCUGCCGAAGAAUAUUUAAGAACUGGCGUAAAGACAGGAAAGACCAGCUUGGAGCAGAUUUCUAAGGUUUAUGGAAAUCAGGCUGUUGUGGUAAGUAUUGAUCCUCGUAGAGUGUACCUUAAAAGUCCCGAUGAUGUAGAGUUCAAGGUUAUACGAGUAACAAACCCAGGUCCUAAUGGAGAAGAAUAUGCCUGGUAUCAGUGUACAGUUAAUGGAGGUCGAGAAGGUCGACCUAUUGGAGCUUAUGAGCUUGCAAAAGCUGUCGAGGAGCUUGGAGCUGGAGAAAUACUGCUGAACUGCAUAGAUUGUGAUGGUCAAGGAAAAGGAUUUGAUACAGAUCUGGUAAAGCUGAUAUCAGAUUCUGUGAGCAUCCCCGUUAUUGCCAGUAGUGGUGCUGGGUGUCCUGACCACUUCUCUGAGGUGUUCAACAAAACGAAUGCAUCUGCAGCCCUUGCAGCUGGCAUUUUUCAUCGCAAGGAGGUGCCUAUUCAGUCCGUAAAAGAGCACUUGUUUAAGGAAGGCAUAGAAGUGAGAAUGUAAUGAUAUCAAUCUUUGAAAGCUGUUGGCUGUAGAGGCAUCAGUUUUGAGGAUUCCCAACUUUGUGGUAUUAUUCAAUAGCUUCUAAUUCUGUGUCAUAGUUUUGAUUUAAGUCGACCAUACGUUUCUGAUUUAUUGAAUAGUUAAAUGGGACCACUAUGCUCUUUCUCCAAUUAUCAGACAAAAAAGGAGACAGUUGAUUUUAUUUCAUUUUAUUUUUAAGGAGAACGAAGACAAAGGGAGUUGCAUUGAUAAUAAUAUUUAGCUCGAUGAUGCCUGCCAUUU